CCUUGGGAAUGGCGAUGGCCUUGUAGUUCUUGAUUAAACUGGAAAGGUCCUCCGCAGAUUGGUCCGGGGUGAAUUGUGGGGCGCAUGGUUGGACUGUGGCCUUUCAACUUGAGCAUCAUCUUUUCUGGGAUACUCUAUUACGUAUCUACCAUGAGAACGCCAGAUCGAGGGACUUUUCUUGCUUCCGAUUUUGGAGAAACAAUUCUGUGUGCACGUAUUACAAUGCGGCUGCCUAACCGCCCCAUCAGUUAGCGACUGGUGUAUUGUACUAGUGAGCUAGACAGCUGGGCUGAGUAAUGCCUGUCGGGCGCAAU